AAUAGAAAAAUAUAUAAGGGUCUGCAGCUUAGGGCUUGACAAAUAAAACAGCUCAUUAUAGCUUGGCUGGGAUGUGAAGCAAAACGUAGGCCUAUAGGAUGCCUCACUGAGGUCACGGCAAGGACAUGUACCAACGUGAUAUUGAAAUGACCUGAAGGGGCAGCCUAGAUGUUACGCAUCACCCUACAUCAUGUUUUACUUUUUUUAGGAGUUUAUUAGUUGACUCAAAUCUCGAUCGCUUUCAAUAGCACAGGUACAUUUUUGCAAUAACAGACAAUUUUCCUGAAUACGAAUGCGUUAAUUAUAAACAAUUAUGUUUUCCCAAACCUGAAAGAAUAUGAAGUGCCGGUCUUAUUCGGAUAGAACCGUGCACAUUCGGGUGUGCCCCAGUCGCACUUGCCGGAUGUCUGUCUCUCCCGAGUAGCCUACUGCUUCCAUAGCACCGCUGAGCACACACCACUUCCCACGAUACUUCUACCAGCCCAAGUCACGUGUCCCCCGCCUAGUUUCUGUGUCGAAGCCACACAAAUCAAACUCAAACAGCACUCAGUGGAGAUCGUACAGAGAUGGAGACGAAUGAAGCGAGAGAAAAAUCUUUUCGCUGUCGGGAACAAGAGACUCGGAAAAAACAUGACCCGUUUAGUAAAAUACUUUCAUAAUUGACGGAGAUGGAUUUUAAUUCAGACAACCGCUACCGAGACGCGAACCUCGUUGCUUAGCGGAUCCCUCGGUUAUCCAAAGAGUCCAACUCCGCCCGUAAGCGGAGCUUAGGGUUGUUUUAUGGGGCACCGGACGAAGCGCCUGUAUUAGGCAUUUAUUACACUCCGGCGCUCUGCGGUUUAACGAGACUUGGAUUAUUACUUCUCAUUUCAUACACUUGUUUAUAAUAUAAAUUUAAGCCGCUGGUGUUGUGCGAAGCGCAACAACGGAAGGGCAGUUAUCACUAACAAUGAGGGCUGUGUCUGCGAACUUACUUGCAUUGCUCCUUUUCUGCACUUGUGCCUGUGUUUUCUACGUCUGGAAUAGUUUGGAGGUGAGUCGGCUCGAGAGAUACACGCGGGGACUACAGUCAGCGAGUUGGGGGACCCUUCACCCCGGGCCACCCUCGGACCUUCCCGUUAAAACUUUCCGGGCUCUACUCACCGUUCCAGCGGCGCAGAGACUGCACUUUGGGGAUGGCAGGCAGUAUGUCCACAAUCUCACUGGUGUAAGGGAUCAAACGGGCUCUUUAGGAAGCAGAGAUUACCAUAUUAAUGUAGAUAACAAGGAGUCAGCACAGAAGGGGGUCCCGGAGUCCAAUUUUGUCUCUCUGGUUGAAGAAGGGAUUUUCUGGAGUGAAUGGCUGGAGGAUCGGCUUCCCGUCAGCUUCAGCGAGAAACAUGCCCGGGCAUGGAGAGAGAGAGCCCGGGGACAGCGGAUAGUUAAACUAGAGCCGGGUUGUGGUAGAAUAUCGAAUCAACUUGCCACGUUUUUGGACGGAACUAAAGCUUGCGUGCGUUAUGGAAUAAACGCCGACCAGGUGCAGGGGGAAACUUUGACUUAUUAUCUGGCUGGUUUGCUGGGUAUUACAAAUAUACCACCUCUCAUUCUCUCCCAGCUAAACGUGGACAGUGAACAAUGGGAUUACGUGAGGAGAAAGAUUUUCAGUUUACAGUGGAGUGAGCGGGCUGUGGUCUCACUCACGGAGUGGGUCGCCAACCUGACCGGGGUAGUCACACCUGAACCUCUCCGCCAGAAGAGCAAGGGAUUGCUUCCUUUGCCGGGUGAACUGAGGAACCAAACGACGGAAGAGCUGGUUGAGCUAAUGCAGUGGACUGACCUGAUAAUAUUGGACUACUUGUCUGCCAACUUCGACAGGCUUGUUAGUAACCUGUUUAGCUUGCAAUGGGACUCGCGCGUGAUGGAAAGGGAGACUAACAACCUGCUCAGAACGCCCCGCGGCAACCUUGUUUUUAUAGACAACGAGGCAGGGCUUGUGCACGGUUUCCGUGUGCUGGAUAUGUGGGAGAAGUAUCACAGUACCAUAUUGGGCUCUGUUUGCGUGUUUAGAAAGAGGACAGCGCAGCGCGUGAUUGAACUGCACCGGCGCAGGGACACCAGGACUCGGCUACUCGAGCUGUACAGAGACAGCGAACCAUUGUCUCCCGAACUAGGCUUUUUCUCAGACGAACACGCGGGAGUACUACAGACCCGAAUAGACCGAGUAUACAAACACAUUACUCAUUGCAAAGGGAUGUACCACCAGCUGUGAGCAUCUACUGUUUAGACUACUCUUAGGAUCUGGAUCUGCACCUGCUCCACAGACUGACGUGUGACACUAACCAGUAGUCACACAUCUGUACGUGCAAGAUUACCGUUUUAAAUAUCUCGAUGAACUACCUCUUGUGAAAACAGUAUUGCCUAAUUUGAUAAACAUUAAUAUGGCCUUUUUUGCUUUGUGCAGGUUAGGCAAUGCUAUAGGCUACUUCAUUUUCACACAGCCUCAAAAUAUAGCUGCAAUAUAAUGUGAUGAGCCAAUGCAUCUUUGUAUCUAUUUAGGUUUAACUGUGAGCCUCCAGUCUCUGCAGUUUGAUACAUAGUUCUGUUAAAUGGUACAAACAAACAAUUGUGUCAUGCGGUUAACGUUAACUACUUUGGUUUAGCUUGUAUGUGCAAGUUGCAUCCUGUUCAAUAUUCUCUGCAAGAAUCUUGAUCACUCACAUGAUGAGAACCAAGCCUUAAGGUUACUCCUAAAUAGUGUUUGUUAGUGCAUACAUUUGUGAUGUAGAAUUUGUCACCUGUCUUAUUCCUUUUAUUUAAGAUCUAGUCUACUGUACACUCAUUCGACAAAGUGCACACUUUGUACCUGGUUAUUUUUUAUUUUAUCCUCAUCCUUAAUGCCAUUAUGACCCAUUCAUAUUGGUUGUACAUGCUGUAAGUGAAUACUGUAUCUGUUAACCUGUUUUUGAUGUUCACAAUUGAAAUCCUACUUCCCUAAUUCAAUGUGCAUUGUAACAUUCCAAUCUUGUCUUUUGCUAAAUAUAUUGUAAUUUAAGUUGUC